CUCUCUUUGUUCCACAGCACAUGUCGAAGCCAUAUAGUCAGAUCCCAACACUGCUAACUGGUGACUUUCACCUGAAUGCGUCUGUGGUUGUCGUACGACAGCUGUUGACAACAAGAGAAUAUGUAGCUGCCCUUGUGAAUGCCUCAUUGUUAAAAUAGUAUAGAAUAAAUCUCGCUGUCAUCUGGAUUGUAAAAUUUUGUUUUUAAUAUUGAAAAACUAAAUUUGAUUUGAUUUUCUUUCCUCCCAAAAGCUGCUCCGCUCCUAAUUAGUUAUCAAAGUAGACCAGUAUGCUGGCAUGUUGUUAUGAAGCUGUAAUGUGACUGCAUGACUGUCACUACUACUAACUAUUGUCAUGUUUUACUUUUUCAGAGAUUAUGUGAUUAUGUAUGUGAUUUACUGCUGGAAGAAUCCAAUGUUCAGCCAGUUUCUACUCCGGUUACCGUUUGUGGAGAUAUUCAUGGUCAGUUUUAUGAUCUUUGUGAGCUCUUCAGAACUGGAGGCCAAGUUCCAGACACAAAUUACAUUUUCAUGGGAGACUUUGUAGACAGAGGAUAUUAUAGCUUGGAGACAUUUACACAUCUGCUGGCUUUAAAAGCAAAGUGGCCGGAUCGCAUCACACUUCUACGUGGAAACCAUGAGAGCAGACAAAUAACACAAGUGUACGGCUUUUAUGAUGAGUGCCAAACAAAAUAUGGAAAUGCAAAUGCCUGGCGGUAUUGCACCAAAGUGUUUGACAUGCUGACUGUGGCAGCUGUAAGUUUACUUCUGGUUCUUUCACUUUGAUUACAUAAAACAUGUGAUCUUUGAACAUAGCUAGAAUGUGUUAACAACAUGGAUCAAUUUUCUCCCAUAGCAACAAUUCAGAGAUUAUAAAAGAUUUUACAUCAGCCAAGUAAAUCCUUUAUAACUUGCAUUGCUGACAACAUUCAUGUGGGUGGAGCUGUCAUCUUUAAAUGUUUAUGUUUUCUUCCAGGGAGAGAAUUGAAACUUGCUCAACAUACAGUCAGGGCCAUAAGUAUUUGGACUGUGACACAAUUUUUCUAAUUUUGCCUCUUUACAGGACUC